AAAAAAAAAAUGAGCAAUUCUGCUUUAGCUAGUUUAACCGCCCAGUACACCGAUUCGGAAAAUGAAGAUGAGCAACAACAGUCUCCAGAUUCUCAAAAUUCACAGUCAUCGGUAAUUAUACCACCUCCCAAGCAUACACCUCAACAGACUCCAGAGAAACAAAAGAAGGGAUCGCCACCCAAAAAGAAGAAAAAAUCCAGGGAUUCUGUUAAACGCCUUGUUAGCUAUCAGGAUGAUACCAUUGUUUCGGACGAUGAGCGAAAUGAUAAUGACGAAAGAGACGAUGGUGCCGAAACCUUGUCAAGUGAAUCCGAAGAUGCCCAUAUUAUUAAAAUUGAUGAUGGACAAACACCACAGCGUAACGGUGGAUCACCAAUUGAAAUAGACGAUGACUCAAUGGGAGAUGGGAAAACAGCAAAGAAUCCAAAAGAUAAAUAUGCCCGCUAUAGCCACUAUGGAUUUACUUUGCCGCCAGAGCCCAAAGGUAAACCCUUGCCCGAAUUGACAGAUAAGAUCAAUCAGUUAUAUGAGAAAAUGGAAACGAAUAACAUGGACAUGAAUCGUAUCAUACAACAGCGUAAAGAGUUUCGCAAUCCCAGCAUUUAUGAAAAGCUUAUACAGUUUUGUGACAUCAAUGAAUUUGGCACAAAUUAUCCACCAGAAAUAUACGAUCCUUUGCAAUGGGGUGCGGAAAGUUUCUAUGAAGAGUUGGCGUUGGUACAAAAAAAUGAAAUGGUCAAACGUCAAAAGGAAAAGAAGGAUUCUGGCAAGAUUGAGCAGGUGUCGGCUUUGGCCCGAAAGGUCGAAGAAGAAGCAAAAAAGAGAAAAUCCAAAUGGGAUCAGCCUGCCACGGCGAAUAAACCUGCUGUACCUCCAUUGACCACCACAGUAACUGGUACCAAAGGCACUGUUAUAUCGGCUUUUGGUUCGCUUCCUAAAAAGCCUCCAGCUUAAGAAUUAGUUAAAGAUAGGAAGUAUAGUUUAUAAAUUUGUCAACAAUUAAAAAGGGAAUAUUCGAGUUCAUGUCAUUUGAA